AUGCAUGGAUACUUUAUUUUAAUUAUUAUAUUAUAUUUAUUUAUUUACUUAUUAAUUUUUUCAGUGUUGAAUAAUUUUUUAAAUCAAAAAAUGAUAUCGGUAGAUAGUUUACUUUUUUUGGCUAAUUUAAAUCAAAUCAGUUUUUAAGAUUUUUAAUAAUUUAUUGAUAAAAAACAAAAUAAAUACAAAAAAAAAGUAAAUAGUAAUUUAAUGUCUAGGGUAUAUAAUAACUUAGAAGUAGGUGAUAGUAUUGAAAAUACAAUACCUACAGGCUUUUAAAUAAGAAAAGAAUAGUUAAGUGAUUUAUUCUAGCCUGAUAGUAUUAGAGAAGGUUAAUCUUUGAAGCAAAUUGAGGAUAUAGGAAACGUAGAAGGUCUACUUAAAAUUUUAAAAACUCAUUAAAAAAAAGGUAUUGAUACCUCUGAUACGUCUAUUUCAGAUAGAAUUUAGGCCUUUGGUCAAAAUGAAAAUAUAACUAAACCUCCAAAGACCUUCUUUGAGUUGGUGAUGGAGUGUUUAGAGGAUGAUGUACUAAGGAUUUUAUGUGUUGCAUGUUUUGUCUCCCUUGUAAUUGGAUGCAUAAAAUAAGGCAUAGCAGAGGGUUGGAUAGAUGGAAUAGGUAUUUUUAUAGCUGUUUUUAUUAUUGUUACUAUAACAUCAGUAAACAACUAUAUGAAGGACAAGUAGUUUAGAAAGUUAAAUGCAUAAGUUGCUUAGAGAGAUGUUGGAGUAAUAAGAAAUGGAGAAACUGUCCAUAUUUCAAUAUACUCACUUUUAGUAGGAGAUAUAAUGCACAUUGAAACUGGUGAAGUCUUUCCAGUAGAUGGAUUCUUAAUAUAAGGUAGUAAUUUAGUGUGUGAUGAAUCUUCAAUAACAGGAGAAUCUGAUCCUAUUAAAAAAUAUAGUAUCGGAGAGCAUGCAAAAAAUCCAUAGCCUUUCCUUAUUUCUGGCUCUAAAGUCAUAGAAGGAAGCGGCUUGAUGGUAGUUCUUGCCGUAGGAUAAAUGAGUAGAGUUGGCAAACAGCAAGCACUUAUGAAUGAAGAAGAGGAAGAAGAAAAAAAGACACCUCUUUAAGAAAAGCUUGAUGUGUUUGUAGAAAAAAUUGGAAAUAUAGGAUUCAAAUGGGCUUUCAUUACUGUUUUAUGCAUGAUUUUAAAUUUGCUUUAUACAAUUUAUUCUAGCAACGAUCUUAAGCUGUUAUCUAUUGAUACUCUUUCUGAAAUUGUGGAUUUUAUAAUUGUUGGUAUAACUGUAGUAGUUAUUGCUGUUCCUGAAGGCUUACCUCUCGCAGUUACAUUAUCUUUAGCUUAUGCUGUUGGUAAAAUGAAAGAUGAAAAUAACUUAGUUAGAAACCUGAUUUCUUGUGAAAUUAUGGGAGGUGCCGAUACAAUAUGCAGUGAUAAAACAGGAACAUUAACUGAAAACAAGAUGAAAGUAAAAAAAAUGUAUGCUUUAGAAGAAGUGCACAGCGAAUUUGAAAGAUAGAGUUUUGACUAAAACUUUGUUAAUAUUUUAACUGAAGGAAUUAGCGUCAAUUCAAAUGCUUUUCCCAAAAUUGAUGAUGGAAAAUUUGAAUAUAAUGGAAAUAAAACUGAAUGCGCUCUUCUUGAGCUAGCUUACAAAUUUUAAGUUAAUUACAGAGAUUUUAGACCUUCUGACAAUAUUAUCAAAGUAAUUCCUUUCUCUUCUGCAAGAAAAAGAAUGACCACUGUUUGCAGAUCAAAAAAAGGAGUUCAAGGUACUUUAAGAGUCUACACAAAAGGGGCACCUGAAAUUUUAAUUGAAUAAUGUAGCAGGUUUGUUAAUAAAAAUGGUUAAAUCUAGUAGAUUAGCUAGUAAUUUUUACAAAAAUUUUAAGAUAUUUAACAAAAGUUCUCUAAUGAGUGUUUGAGAACUUUGUUAUUAGCUUACAAAGAAAUUCCUUAUAUGGAUGCAGAUUAGCUCCCAGAAGAGAAUUAAAUAGAAUAAGAUUUUAUAGUUUUAGGAAUGGUAGGAAUUCAAGAUCCUUUGAGAAGAGGAAUCCGUGAUUCAGUUAGAGUAUGUAGCAAUGCUGGAGUUACAGUAAGAAUGGUUACAGGAGAUAAUAAAGAGACUGCAAUAGCAAUAUCUAAAGAAGCAGGUAUAAUAAGUUAAGAUUAUAGCACAAGUGAUGGAGGAUACACAGUUAUGGAAGGAAAGUAAUUUAGAGAAUUAGUAGGAGGUCUUUAGGAAAUAAGAGGAGAAGAUGGCAAAAUUCAAAGGUACGAAGUUGGCAAUAUAGAUGCAUUUAAAGACAUUAUUUAAGAUUUGAGAGUUUUAGCAAGAAGUUCUCCUGAAGAUAAAUUUUUAUUAGUUACAGGUUUAUAAAAAUGUGAUUCAGUAGUAGCUGUAACUGGAGAUGGUACCAACGAUGCUCCAGCCUUAAAAAAAGCAGAUAUCGGUUUUGCAAUGGGAAUUUCUGGAACAGAAGUAGCUAAAGAAGCUGCAGGAAUUAUACUAAUAGAUGAUAACUUUUCAAGCACAAUUACUGCUAUUAAAUGGGGUAGAAAUAUAUUUGAUUGUAUAAGAAAAUUCCUUUAGUUUUAGCUUACUAUAAACGUUGUAGCAUUAUUUAUGGCUUUCUUAGGUGGCCUUGUUUUUAGAGAAUCUCCUUUCAACACAAUUUAAAUUCUGUGGGUUAAUUUAAUGCAAGAUACUUUGGCUGCUUUGGCAUUAGCAACUGAACCCCCAAAUGAUGAAUUACUCUAAAGAAAACCCGUUAAGCGUACUGAUGCAAUAGUAACUCCUAAUAUGUGGAAAGGAAUUAUUUUAUAAAGUCUUUACCAAAUAGUUGUAUUAUGCAUUAUUCUGUUCAAUGGCCCAUCACUAUUUGGAGUAGAUAAUGGUAUUCAAAACAAAGACUGGACAGAGGAAAAUGGUGUACAUUUAACUAUGUUUUUUAAUAUUUUUGUUUUCCUUUCAGUUUUCAAUGAAAUUAAUUGCAGAAAACUUAAGUCUAGUGAAAUUAAUGUGUUCUAAGGAUUUUUCAAUAAUCCUCUCUUCUUGUUUAUUAUAGUUUCAACUAUUUUUGUUCAAAUCAUUAUGGUUUAAUUAGGCGGUAGAGUAGCUAAAUGCUCACCUUUGAGUCUUGAGUAAAACAUAAUAUGCAUUCUUGUUGGAGCUUCAUCCGUUGCAGCAGGUAUAGUAAUUAAACUACUACCCUCAUCAUUAGAUAGACUUUUAAAUCACACAAAUCCAUUUUAAUGA